CCUCUGGGAAUGCAAAGGAAAGCUUCUUCAGCCCUGCGCGGCUUUGCGGAAGUAGCGACCCACAAGGGCUGGUCGUGAAGCUUCGCACCUCGCGAGGAACUGCCCUCUCGCACAGAUCACCGCCAUCACCAUCCAUCUAAUACACGCCCUCUAAUCUUGCGCGCGCAUCCUUCCCCGAAUCAAAAUCCUUACAAAUCCAAUUGCUCUAAUCUCGCGCUACCACACAAGUCCGACUUCCACCAUGUCCGAGCCGUUGACUCGUACCGCCGUCUCUUGCCCGGCAAAGGUGCUAGUCGCGGGGGGCUACCUCGUGCUUGACCGAGCAUACACAGGCUUGGUGUUUGGCCUGGAUGCGAGGAUUCACACAGUCGUCGAGCCGCUCAAAACUACAGCUGGCGUCUCCAUUAGUGAGAUUGUUGUCACGAGUCCGCAGUUUCACGGUGCCAUUUGGGAGUAUGGCUAUAGGUCGCAAGAAGGUGAUGGCGGCAUUGCCGUGACGCAAUUGAGCGUCGGCCACGAACAAUCCAUCUCCGCCUCGAAAAACCCCUUCAUCGAGACAGCCCUCACCUUUGCUCUAACCUACAUAUGGACUCUCCAGCCCAACCAGCGCAUCGCCUCAUGCUCCAUCCGAAUCCUAGCUGACCAAGCCUACUACUCUAACCCCGGUACUCGACGCGCUGCCGAUAGUCGGUUCCUAGACUUCAACGUCAGCCUCAAACACGCACACAAGACCGGUCUCGGCUCUUCUGCCGCCCUAGUAACCAGCUUUACCGCUGCAGUCUUGAGCUUCUACCUCCCCAAAUCACUAUUCGAUCUCCAGAGCGACAAGGGCCAAACAAUCCUGCACAACCUCUCCCAGGCGUCGCACUCGCACGCCCAGGGCAAAGUAGGCUCAGGCUUCGACAUUGCGAGUGCUGUAUUUGGAUCUUGUCUCUACAAGCGCUUCUCCCCUUCCCUCCUCAAUGCCCUCCCCCCACCCAGCAGUCCCGGCUUCGCUGACCAGCUCCGCUCGCUCAUCGAAGGCGAUGCAUGGGACACCGAGAUCCGCAAAGCGGCAAUCAAGAUGCCCCAGGGCCUACGGCUAGUAAUGUGCGAUGUAGACUGCGGUAGCGAGACUCCUAGUAUGGUGAAGAAGGUCCUUGCAUGGCGACAAGAGAAUAAAGAAGAGGCGGAGCGGAUUUGGAACGAACUGCAACGAGGGAACGAAGCGCUUGCGGCGGAACUUACUCGUCUCGCUGGCGCGGACUUGACGGCUGGAGAGGGGAACGACAAGCUGCGUGCCAUCAUCCAGAAGAAUCGUGGGUUGAUCCGCCAAAUGGGCGAAGCGUCAGGUGUUCCCAUCGAGCCUCCACAACAGACACAGCUACUGGAUUAUUGCUCGACUCUAGACGGCGUCAUUGGCGGCGUCGUCCCAGGUGCAGGCGGAUACGAUGCCGUUGUCCUGCUAGUACAAGACAAAGAGGAGGUGAUUGCGUCCCUUCGGAAGUCGUUAGCCUCGUAUAGAGCCGAAGACUCGGAAGAGGGCCUGAAGAUUGGAAAGGUGGGCAUCAUCGGAGUAAGAGAGGAAAUGGUCGGUGUUAGGAAGGAAGAACUGAGCUUGUACAAGGAGUGGCCGACGACCUCGUAG